CGCUGCGCCGCAUUCGAAGAAGUGGCCUAAGACUUGGGCAGCGGUCUCAAAGAAAAUGGCCCGGACCAAGAGGACAGUUUAUAAGUCCACGGGUGGGAAAGUGCCCCGCAAACAGCUGGUCAGUGAAGCGGCCGGGAAAAGCGCCCCCUCUACCAGCGGGAUGACAAGACCUCAUCGCUACAGGCCCGGGACCGUUGCCCUCCGAGAAGUCCGUCCUUACCAGAAGUCCACCCAUCUUCUGAUUCGGAAGCUGCCUUUCCAGAGACUGGUGAGGGAGAUCGCCCAGGAUUUCAAAACCGACUUGAAGUUCCAGAGUGCAGCCAUCCGUACGCUGCAGGAGGCUAGCGAAGCGUACCUGGUUGUAUUCCUUGAGUCCAAGCAGCACAGUAAUCUGGCAAGAAUGUACUCCCAGAAUAAGAGCUUCCCAUGGCUUGUAGGAAAAAGGAGACAGCCACAACCCAUGUAAGAUGAGAACGGGGGCCUGAGAAGAGCUCUGGGACACUGCUGGAGUAGCCCUGAGCCUAUGAUGGAAGUGCUCAUUCACAUCCCUGAGUUUACUGUGAAACAAGUACUGUCUCAAAACACAAACAGAAAAGUAAAAAAUAAACAGGAA